AUCUGACACACAGGAUGACUAGUCUACACAUGAGAAUCUAUCAUCAGAGAAGGAAUUAUACAAUAACCCAACUGUUCCUCAUAUUUUUACUGAUGUUUAAAACAGGGUCUCUUGCUAAAAUCAGCCAGAGCGAUGUCUUAAAGACGUUCCUGGCUGGAGACAGAGUUCAUUUGGAAUGCCUCAUGUCAGAAGAAGAUGGCAACUACUACAACUGGAUCAAGAUAAUAAUAGGACAAGCCCCAGUAUUGGUGCUGUCUCUUUACACUCACUCCAACACUGCAAAGUUCUUUGGAGAGUUUAACAACAACCCCCGGUAUAUGGCAACGAAGAAUGGAACCAGUUUUGUGCUGACUAUUUCAGAUGCUAGACCAUCAGAUAUGGGGAUGUAUUACUGUGCUUCACGCGAUUACGAUGCAUUGAUCUUCGGGAAGGGUGUGUUUCUGAUGUAUGGGGAUGUAGAUUCCAGGAACCAACAUCUUACUCAGCAGCCUGUGUCUGAGUCGGUCCAGCCAGGAGACUCUGUGACUUUGAACUGUACAAUACACACUAAGACCUGUUCAGGAGAUCACAGUGUCUAUUGGUUCAGACAUAGUUCAGGAGAAUCCCAUCCAGGAAUCAUUUACACCCAAGGAGACGGGAGUGAUCAGUGUGAGAAGAGCCCUGAGACUGGGUCUCCUACACAGAGAUGUGUCUACAACCUCCCCAAGAGGAACCUCAUCCUCUCUGAUGCUGGGACGUACUACUGUGCUGUGGCCUCAUGUGGGGAGAUACUGUUUGGGAACGGGACCAAGCUGGAUGUUGGAGGCCCUGCUGAUCUGGUGGACCCCAAGCUCCUGGCUCUAAUCGUAUCCAACAUCUUGAGCUUGAUCGCAGUCGUUGUCCUCAUCUGUGUGAGAAGGAAGAAAGGUUUGCCUCAACAUCCUCAAAGUGGUGUUACAGCCCCUUCCUGUCCUAACAAGGAGAGAGAUGAGGGAGAGGAGCUGAACUAUGCUGCCAUGAGUUUCUCCUCGAGGAAGUCCAAGAGGAGAGCAGAACCAGAGAGACAGACCAGAGCGACGGACAUCAAUGUGGUUUACUCUGGAGUGAAAGGUCAUCAUGAGUGGAACUGGGAUUCAUGAUUUAUAAUGCAAUAGUUUUAUAAUGCCAUUUUAUAAGGCAAUUUAGAGUGAAUUGUAAAAGUAAUAUGCCGUGAACAUAAUUAACAGAAAUUCUGCUAAAUAUUUUAAUAAACUUCCAAAUAUAUCUAUAUUUAAGAUGACUAUUAUAGGGAGCAUGUGUGUGUGUGUAAGGGGACUUUGAUAAGGACAUACCAUCCUGUCCCAGAGCUGUCUAAACUUCUUUGAUCUGUAUGUACACCAAAUAUCCAGCAGAGGGCAGUAGCCUUCCACAAAGGGAACAGACCACAGGCACACCAAAAGGAACUCAUCACCAGUCAGUCAUGAUGAUGGCUAGCUACAUCUUAGUAAUUUAGCAGACACUCUUAUCCAGAGCAUCUUACAGUAGUGAGUGUAUACAUUUAUCAUACUAUUUCAUUCUGGUCCCCCUCAUAGGAAUCAAACCCACAACCAACUCUGACAUUGCAAGCACCACGCUCUAUCAACUGAGCCACAUGGGACCUGCUACAAUAUAGUAGGAUGGUAUUUGCCAUCUAUAUGUGUUUCUAGAAAAGGAGACCAUCUUUGGGAUUUUUUAUUUUUAUUUUACCUUUAUUUAACCAGGCAAGUCAGUUAAGAACAAAUUCUUAUUUUCAAUGACGGCCUGGGAACAGUGGGUUAACUGCCUGUUCAGGGGCAGAAUGACAGAUUUGUACCUUGUCAGCUCAGGGGUUUGAAUUCGCAACCUUCCGGUUACUAGUCCAACGCUCUAACCACAAGGCUACCCUGCCGCCCCAUACCCACCAAAGGAAAUUGUAAAUUAUCUCAACCCUUGUUUCAAAAGUACAGCCACAACUAUUUACAGUAUAGGUUUUAAUACAUAUGAACGCUCAAUUAAUUAUAUACUGAACAAAACUAUAAACGCAACAUGUAAAGUGUUGGGCCCAUGUAUCAUGAGCUGAAAUAAAAGAUCCCUGAA